AUGAUUAAUUUAGUCAAUAGUUAUAGAAAUGGAGAAGGAACAGAAAAAAAUUUAGAAAAAGCCUUUUAUUGGCAUCAAAAAGCAGCAGAGAGUAAUAAAAGUGGAUACCUUAUAAUAAAUUGUCAAAUAUUAAUUAUCAUGAUAAAGGAGGAUUUAGUGAAAUUCAUAAAGCUAUCUGAGUGGAAAUAUCAUUAUAUUUGUCAGAAAAAAUCAUUUUCAAAAUUUGUUCAAUUCUUUGG